AUGCGUGAUGAAUUCGAAGAUGACUAUGACACGGAUACAUUUUCGCAUGCAGUGUCUCUGUAUAACUUAGUCGCGUUCCCCGCUGACUCCUUUGUCAGUCUGUUUCCAAUUUGCAUCCCCGCUGUUCGUAUUUCGCUGACAAUCACCAGGAAGGGUGGGGGCACCCCCUACAUGGUCGAGGCGUUCAGUCAUCCGGCCUUGCGCAGAAAUGCCGGCAAAGUCAGGAGGGCCAGACUGAUUCUGCAACUCGACGGGGAGCAUAGGAGCGAAGGUCCCAAGGGAGGCUGCGAAGUCCGUGAUGUUCCAAUGGUCGAUGUGGUGGCUGCUAAUGAACACGCAUAUUGCAGCCUCUCGCAUUCGGCACAAAUGUUGAGACUGGCAUCUGAGGCGCGAGUAGACGAGGGUGUUAGUGGUAGGGCAGCGGCCCAGGGUGCAGCCAAGGUAACAGUCAGUUUGCGCGUAGAGAACCAAAGUAAGGCGCGCCGCGCGAGCGCGCAAGGAAAGCCAUCACUGAUGACUGUACACAAUGGCAAGGCAAUGCAUGCUAUGCUGGGCGCGAACCGAACGUAUGGAAUAGGCAAUGCACAGCGCGCCGCGCAAAUUGAAACUAGGGUAGCAACUACGCAAAGACGCAAGGAAAUGUCGUGGUUGCGUGAUUUUCUUGAUGUGAUCGGACACGUGUCAGCGCGGGUUUUCACAGGCCGCUAUAUUGCACCGGCAAAAAACCGCUCCUCAUAGGCGCGGCGCGCGGCGCGCCAACCACGAGCCGAUCAGGCCUUCGCGCGCCAGCGCUACGGACUGGACAGUUGUCAUGCUUCACGAGCAAUCGCGCUGUGUUGGAGAAAGCAUGCAUAUAAAGCAGUUCCCCUCAUCCAUAAACCAACGUAUCAACUUACCUAUGGACCAAAGUAUCAACUUGCCACCGCGUACCAACUUACCACUUCUGACUGGAGACAGCAUGCCCCGCUGGCCAAUGCUUGGCCGAUGCGAUGCUUGCGAUGGAUGUUCAAAAUUGAGCCUGAGAUGUGAACGCUGCCAUGCAUGUUUAUUCACAUAGUCCUGAUUUAUCUUCUGACUCCUUUGUCCAUGCGUAGCAGGGAGACCAUGUGCCUACCCACGCAGAACUUUACGUGGCCAGUAGAGGCGAAACAAC